AUGGAUGAGUCAAACAUAACGUUUCAUCCCAGCGAAGGCACAGAGAACAUCUCAAUGCACAGAAACACUUCUGCACAGGAAAGGGUCUGGGAGAUAUUGACCCCACUUUGGGUAAUUAUGAUCAUCUCCUUCCUGGGUUUUUGUGAAAAUGGAAUUGUCCUCUGGUGCCUCUGCUUCCAGAUCAAAAGAAAUCCAUUCACUGCGUACAUCACACACCUGUCCAUUGCCGAUAUCUCCCUACUGCUCUGUACGUUUAUUCUGUCAAUUGAGUACAUUGCUGGUUUUGGAUUCGCAUAUGGGUUUUACUAUUAUAUAACCACCACACUAUCUAUUGUCUUCCUUCUUGGAUAUAAUACUGGUCUCUAUCUCCUGACAGCCAUCAGUAUUGAGAGGUGUCUGUCUAUCGUUUACCCCAUCUGGUACCGAUGCCACCGGUCCCAGCACCAAUCGGCAAUCGUGUGUGCAAUUCUGUGGACUCUGUCUUUUCUGAUGACAGUAGCUGAAUACUUGACGUGCAGAGAUGACUCAACGAAGGAACAAUUUGACAACCGUUGCCGAGCACUGCUCAUCUUCACAUGGAUCCUGACUUUCAUGAUCUUCAUUCCUCUAAUGAUCCUGUCCAGCCUCAUCUUGGUUAUCAGGAUUCAUCGUAACUCCCUGAGACCUCAUUCAUCAAAGCUCUACAUCAUCAUUGUGGCCACAGUCAUUGUCUUCCUCAUCUUUGCCAUGCCUAUGAGGCUGUUGUAUCUUCUGAAUUAUCAUCACUGGUCGUCUUUGCUCAGCCAGCAGAACCACGUCACCGUUGUUCUCUCCACUGUUAACAGUAGCAUCAACCCCCUUGUUUACUUCUUUGUAGGAAGCAGCAAGAAGAAGAGGUUCAAGGAAAGUCUCAAAGUGGUUCUCAGUAGAGCACUUGCUGAUGGGUUGCGGCCGAGAAGUCAAGAAGUUGGCGUGAGUUUGGAUAUAGCGGAAACAAUUUUCUAA